GAGCUGAGCUGAGACGCCGGCCCACGCGCGCCCCUAGCUCUAUGCGUGUGUGGUGUGCGCGUGCGCAGCAUGACACGGGGAAAUGGCGGCUUCUACCACCUCUUCUACAGCUCCCACCACGGCGGCAGCAGCCAAGACGACGACUGUGAAAAAGCAGGUAGAGCAAGGACUGUGCGGAUGGGCCGUGGUCCUUCAGUGAACAUGGGAAGAAAUGUGAGGCUAAACUGAAGUCUAGCCCCUAUGACCUCGAAUGUUGGAAUGUACUUGUCAGAGAGGCCCAGAGUACGUCUCUACUUCGUGCACGCAUGUUGUAUGAGCGACUAGUGACACAGUUCCCGACUUCAGGCCGGUACUGGAGACUGUACAUUGAACAUGAGGUCAAUGCUUUUAGGAGUGUAUGGUGUAGUUUGUUUGUGUUAAUGAUUGGUAUAAACAGUUGGAGAAAGAGCAUGUCUGUGCUAAAACCCUGUGCAUCGUUAGACGUAGUGUCAUGGGCCAGAUCAUGUAUCCCCAGUAAUCUGCCAAACAGAAAGGUGUUCACAGCACUACAAUCUGACAGAUCUGUUACUAACAACAGCAGUGGUGAAACUGUAAAUCAAUCAACCUGUCGAGUACACCCCCAACUCAUGAAAGAUAAUGUUUAAUGUAUCUCCGUUCUUCACUGGAAUAGUAUUGUUCUGCAUGUUCUUGAAGCAGGAGCUCAGAGGAGCACUUGUAAAAUUCGACACUUUCCGGGAAGUAGAACUAGGUAUUGGAAAACUGCAGAUGGGGGAAACAUAUUUAUAGUCAUUGGUGAUAACACAGCAGGGGAGAAUCUAUUUUGUAUGAAGUUGAGAAGUUUUUGGAUCUUACACUAUUACACAGUAACAACAUUAUGUACAUUAACGUAUGUGUAGUAGGUGCCUGUCAAAUCACCUUCAAAUUUUACAUACUUAAACAAAAAUAGCGGCUAUUAAGUAACGUUCAAAUGGAGUUUGCAACCCCCUUCAAGUUACUGGUUUUAAACACAUUUGUGCUAAGUUAUGGCUGUGCUAUUUGUUGCCGACUGCUCUUUCUCCAUGAUACUUCCACAGUGUCUUCUCUAUACGUACAUAACUGUUUUGAUAGUACAACAUUUUGAUUGUUGAUGUAUUAUAUUUUAAUCUCUGAUGAUUUGCAUGCUGCAUGACUACAAUCAGAGCAUGUGAGCAUGAUAAUCAAGCAUGGCUUUGGCGGUGUUUCUUCUGUCUCACGUGGCUAUAAAUGGACUCAGCGCAUGCUCAUAUGCACUCUCACUUCGUUAUCAUCAUAUACAAUCUAUGUGUCAGGUCAUGUUGCUUGUGUUUGUAAUGUCAUUCAUCAUGAUGAUAAUAUUGUUUCCUCUCUGACACUAUAGAUGAGAAACCGUAAUUAUGAGCAGGUGGAGGAGGUAAAUCGCUACCAUGUAGUAGUUUUGCAUGGUGCCACUGUUACGGCAUUGUGCCGUGAUGCAAACACUCUUUAUCAAACUACGUGCAAUUCCAAAUAAUAAAGGUCGUCACCAAUAAAUCAGAGGGCAUGCCCAAACUUGUGACUUCAGUUUACUCUGCUGUCGUUUAUUAGUGACACAAUAAUCAAGCCAUGACUUUGUAACAUCAUUUUAAGACUCAGACUAUGACUAGGAGCAUUGAUUGUGAUGAUUUUGUGGAGAUAUUGCGUAACUGGGUGGCACGAAAAGCACUCAGCCAAAUUAAUUGGCGAUCAAAGCAAAGCCUACCUAGUUCUCUUGAUAUGUGAUUUCCGAUCAUGGCCCACUGUUGGACAUACCGUAAUCUUUUACCAAUGAAGAAACGGAAUUGAAAUUUUGCAAUGGUGUGUGUUGCGUGCAUGUUAGUUUCUCUAUCAUUCGCUCGCCAAAAAUCGCAUUGCUACUUUAAUGGUAAUAAGCGAAGAUCUGACACUGCACUCAAGCCAAUCAGCCACCUGUAUCUAUAACAUAGAUGCAGACAAAGUGAGUGCUUGUAGGCCCUCACCUAUCAUUUGCCAGUGAGGGAAAAGAUUGCAACUGUGAAACACAAGAAGUAUUGUGUUUGCGCAGCCUUUUCAAUGCUUAAAUCUCCUUUCGUCUAUACUCAAGCUAUUCCAGCGUUGUCUGAUGAAGAUCCUUAACAUUGAUCUGUGGAAGUGCUACGUCACGUAUGUACGAGAAACAAAGUCUUCUCUGCCCAACUUCAGGGUAAAGAUGAAGCAGGCAUAUGACUUUGCUGUUGAACAUGUUGGUAUAGACUUCCACUCCACCACACUCUGGGCUGAUUACAUCAAUUUUCUCAAAUCUGAGGCAACUAGUGGCUCAUAUGCAGAAACACAAAAAACGAACGCUAUACGCAAAGCUUAUCACCAAGUUGUCAUGACUCCCCUCAUGAACAUUGAACAAAUGUGGAGGGACUAUUGCAAUUUUGAACAGAUGUCGUCCAAGGCUGCAGCAAAGCGAAACAUUGACGCUGUGAGUAGAACGUAUGUCCAUUCUAAAAGAGCCUCUGCUGAGCUAGAGAGCUGCACAAGAGGUCUUAUCCGAGGAGCCACAUCUGUACCCUUACUGGGAACAGUGCAAGAGAUUCAGCAGUUGAAGAUCUGGAAGCAGUUCAUAGCAUGGGAGAAGAGAAAUCCAACUCGUACUGAAAGCAAUGCCCUACUUGUCAAAAGAGUUCUCUAUGCCUAUGAGCAAUGCUUACUGUGUUACAGUCACUGUGCUGAAAUCUGGUAUGAAGCAGCCCUAUAUCUGCAGAGGGCCAGUGAGACAGGGAACACUCAGUUCAAGGAGCGCUGGGCCGAGGAGGCAGCUAUGCUGUACGAGCGUGCCACUACUAUUUCACUGUCCAACAGUCCCCUGCUGCAUUUUGCCUUUGCAGACUUUGAGGAGUCGCGCCUGAAAUUUGACAAAGCUGAAGCCAUAUACAAAAAACUACUGGAGAAAAAGGAUAUUCAGCCCACACUGGUAUUUGUACAGUACAUGAAGUUCAGUCGCAGAACUGAGGGCAUCAAGGCAGCUAGGAACGUGUUCAAGCAGGCACGGGAAGAUCCUAGGUGUAGUCAUCAGAUCUAUGUUGCCGCAGCACUCAUGGAGUACAACAUCAGCAAGGACAAGGCGAUAGCAUACAAAAUAUUUGAGUUGGGUUUGAAGAAGUUUGCAGAUGAUCCAACAUAUGUGCUGGCAUACUUGGAUCACCUCUCUCACCUCAACGAGGACAACAAUACUCGUGUACUGUUUGAAAAGGUACUAGCUACAAUGCCAGCUGAAAAAACAAAGGAGGUGUGGGACAAGUAUGUGGAGUUUGAGUCCAAUGUAGGGGAUUUAGCCUCACUGCUCAAGGUGGAAAAGAAAAGAGCUGCUUCCAUGAGAGGCAAUUCUAAAAUGGAUCCAUCACAGUGCCGUGAAGCCUUGCUCCUGGUGGACCGCUAUAGUUACCUGGGGCUAAUUCCUUGCUCAGAGACCGAACUCAAAGUCAUGGAACAUCCUUGUGCAGCAAAGGUAGACCUGGAGCCUGCUAGUGGUAGUAGUGGGCUACAGAGCACCAGAGCUAAGGACACAAUUGCCGAAACAUCUCUCUCUGGUAACAUAUCGAGACCAGACACCUCUCACAUGCUCCCUUUCAGACCUUCAGCCACAUCAGGAGUUGGAAUGAAUGCAGUUCCUGGUGGUCAUUUCCCCCUGCCAUCUGAAGUAGCUUACUUGAUGUCCAGAAUACCACCUCCUCAGUGCUUCAAUGGUCCUUUUGUCAACUUGAAUGAGCUAGUACACCUCAUAAAGACGUCGGAUCUUCCAAGCUCCCUUGCCCCAGGGCCCCCGGAUCGUCCAGGGAAAAAAAGGAGAGCAGAGGGCCGAGAUGACAGUGAUGAUGAAACACAGUCUAGUACAGCCCCUCCAACCAAUGACAUUUACAGGGCACGGCAGCAAAAACGGGCCCACACUGUAAAUAGCAGUUAGAAUGCAAACUCAUAGAUCAACCACCUUUUUUAUUUUAUUUUGUUUGGCCUUGUAUUAUGAAAAUAGGUAAUUUUGUGCUGUGCCAAUGCUGGCAUGCAUAUUCGACCACCAUUAUUGCAAUGCAGUACUAUUAUGCCUCGCCACGUGUGUAUAUAUGUUCUGCACUCCAUGAAGAAGUGAUCGGCUAUCAAUGCAAGCCCACCUAGAAGUGUGAAUGCGGGAUUUAUCCU